UUGCAGUUUGCAAUAUCAAACGAAAAUCCGGUGACAAUUAUUGUGAAGAAUCUAAGACGGGCAUUACCAUCAAUUACAACAUUAUCACUGCUUGGCAUCCAGGACGGCAAUGGAACAGUUUUGAAUUUUGCAAAUCGCAAAAAAACGGAUUGGUCGGAGAUCUGGCAAGAAAUCAUUCCCGGUGAUUUAUGA